AUUGAUGUCUUUAAGAUAAUGUUAUCCGAUUUCUUCAAUUAAAUGCGUGGGGUUGCAUAUACCCUUUCCUCACAUCAACCUUUGUUUCUUUCUUCUCUUUUGUCUUAGGAAAAAUGGUGCUAUUUGGUAAACUUAGUACUGAGCUUGGGAUCAAAGCACCCAUUGAUAUAUUCUUCAAUUACUUUGUAACACAACUUCACGAAGCGCAAGUCCAUUGUGAAAGAGUUCAUCAUACCAAGCUGCAUGAAGGUGAAGACUGGCACCACACUGAUACAGUUAAACACUGGACUUAUGUCAUAGAUGGUGAGGUACACACAUGCUAUGAUAGUCUUGAAGAAGUUGAUGAACAGAACAAAAAAAUCACUUGGAAGUUAUUUGGUGGAGAUAUUGAUAAGCACUAUAAGGUCUUUAAGCUAACCCUUCAAGUAAUUGAUAAGGCUGAUGAUGGAACUGCUGUUGCUAAAUGGGCUAUUGAAUAUGAGAAACUCAAUGAGGAUAUUGACCCUCCAAAUGGAUGGAUGGAGUACCUUAGCAAAUGCACUAGAGAUAUUGAUGCUCAUCUUUCCAAGGCAACGACCGCUCGAAAAGAUUAAAGAAAGUCACAAAUAAAUAUAUGUAAUAGUGCAACCUUUGGGUUGGCUUAAUUAAGUGUUCAC